UUGAUAUAUCAUAUAUAUUCGUUGAAUGCAUAAUACCAGCAAAGCAAAACAUUUCUCUAUUUAUUACAGCGGUUUAAUAAAUGUAUUUAUAUUAAGGACAUAAAGUUACAUCUAGAAAUGGAUAAGAGAAUAAUGCUUGUGUUCGCUGCAGUUGCCAUGAAUUUCGGUUAUUUAUUGGCAAGUCAAAACAUGAACUGCGCACAAGGGUACUGGGGCACAGAUUGCAAAAAUGCAUGUCCAGAAAGAUGCUCGUCCGUUGGAUGUGACAAAGCUGCUGGCUCUUGCUUUGGAUGUGACUCAGGAUAUCACGGUAAAUAUUGUGACAUUCCGUGUUCGGUUCAUUGCCGAUAUGCAUGUGAUCGUUUCACUACGAAGUGCUCAUCGUGUUACGCGGGGUGGUAUGGAGAUUCGUGCAAUAUACCAUGUCAUGGCAAUUGUGCAUCGUGUUCAAAAACUACAGGUGAGUGUUUGACAUGUAGAAAUGGCUGGUAUGGGACCAACUGUAGCAUACAGUGCUCCACAGAAGCAGGAUGCUACAAUGAUUAUUGUACAAAGUCUAACGGAGACUGUUCAAGAUGUAAAGUAGGCUGGUUUGGGUCAAAAUGUGAAAAUCAAUGUUCAAUCAACUGUUCUAGUGGCUGUCAUAAGACUUCCGGUUACUGCUAUUCCUGCAGCUCUGGAUACUGGGGCUCCGACUGUUCAAAUCGCUGCCCCAACUGUCAUAAUGGCUGUAGUAAAGGUAAUGGCUAUUGUAGUCUUUGCAGGUCUGGAUUCUGGGGUUCGGACUGUUCAAAUAUAUGCCCGGAGAAUUGUGAAAGUUGUGAUCAAUCUAGUGGCACAUGCUUGUUUUGCCCCGAUGGUUUGUGGGGAAGUAACUGUUCGAAGUCGUGUAAAACUAACAAUUGUAAAAUAUGUGAUAUUAACACAGGCAUUUGUAAAACAUGUGAAUCAGGCUUUUGGGGACCAGACUGCGACAACCUAUGCAAUAAUUGUUCCAAUGAAAAGUGUGACAUUUCCACAGGUGUAUGUGAGACAUGUCCAGUGGGAUUUGCAGGAGAAAAUUGUGAUAUAAAAUGUGAGAUUUCUACUUGUUCAAAUUGGCUGUGUGACGGGAAGUACGGAUUUAAAUGUUCCAGUUGUGUAAACGGAUUUUGGGGAACACUUUGUGAGAAACAAUGCACGCUAAGUGGCAAAUGUAACUAUUGCAGCAAAACAACUGGAAUAUGUAAUUCAUGUUUAAGGGGAUAUUGGGGAACGUUUUGUGAGAACAAAUGCAGGGAAAUUGAUGCGUGUAUAUACUGUGACAGAAACACUGGAAGAUGUAAUUCCUGUAUAAGCGGAUACUGGGGAAAACAGUGUGAACAUGGUUGCCCUAAAAACUGUUCUGAAAAUUGCUAUAAAAGUACAGGAUUAUGUUCGUCUUGCACAAAUGGAUUCUGGGGAGACUUAUGUGAGAGGAAAUGUCUGGCAGGAGACGGGUGUCUAUCAUGUAGCAAAGCAUACGGAUCUUGUAACGCGUGUUCUAUUGGUUACUGGGGUAGUUUGUGUGAUAAAGAGUGUCCUACAAUGUGUCUAGGAGGCUGCGACAGGUAUACAGGAAAGUGUUCCUACUGCAGACCCGGCCACAAGGGUGUAAAUUGUACUAGUACAUGCAAAGGGGAAAAUUGUGAGACAUGCAAAGGUUCGGACGAUGAUUAUUCAUGUACCAAAUGCCGGACGGGUUACUGGGGCGAAAGCUGUGACAAUCAGUGCAGAUCGGAGCGAUGCCUGGAAUGUCAUAUGACUGAAGGACGAUGUAUUUUAUGUGAGGAUGGCUUUUGGGGCGAUUCGUGUAAUCGAAAAUGUCAUGAGCGUUGUCAGUGCUGCAACCUGACUUACGGUACUUGUAGAGCACCGUAUUCCUGUUUGAUGUACAAAGCAACAGCGGCAGCUUCACAGACAGAUAACACUUUGGUUAUUGUUGGUAUUGUCUUGAUUGUUUGCUCUUUAGUUGUACCGUCUCUGGCGUUUGGUUUGUUUUGUUACAUAAAGCGUCAGAAUAAGCAAACGACAGUCGCAACUGCAUCCGAAGAUAGAAAUGUUGAACAUCAGAGUUUUUCAUAUACGGUGGAUCGUUUAUGAUUAGUGGAUCAUAAGAAAGGCAAAAGAUGGGAUACCAUUGCUUCAAACCGGAAAAGACAACCGCACAAAUAUUGCUCAGGAAACAAACAAAACAUUUGAAGAAGAAGAAAAUUAUGACAGCGUCCACGAGACAAACGUGAUCUACGAAAAUUCAUUGGUCUCUGAUAAGAAACAACUUUAAAAAAAAGUACCUCCAGAUAUAAAAAAUGUAAACUAUGUAGUAACGACUAGAGUAAUGAGAUUUAUAUGUGUUUAUAUUAAACAAUACUGUUCUUUUUUCGAUUUACAAUCAAUGUACAACUAGCCAUAGUGUGAUUGCUUUUUCUUAUUUCGAAUGAAGCUCUGCAUUAAAAUUUUGUAGUUGACUUGACUGGUUUAGUUUGAUGAGAUUUUUAUUUCAUAAUAUAUUUUAAUGAAAGAUUACUUAAUUGUAUUUACAUGUCAGUCUGUCAUGCCUUACUUCUGUAAUGAAAUGUUCUUACGUUUCAUCUAUAUUUGAUUUAUAUGCCAUAAAUGCUCUUAGUUGGUUUAAGAAAUAUUAUAUUCUAUGCUUUUAUAUUCUAUUCUAUUCUACGACGUAUAAUAUUACAAAUGUUAAUUGUCUGAUCAAGAAUUAAUUGUAUUUUCAUAUCAGCCAGAGUUAUGCCUUACCUCUGUACUGAAAUAUACCUCCGUUGCAUUUACAUUUGAUUUAGAUGCCAUACAUGGCCCUUAACUGGUUUAAGAAAUAUCAUAUUCUAUGAUUUUUUAUUCUAUUCUAUUCUACGGUUCAUUAUAUUACAAUAAUUAUUGUUAAUUGUCUUAUCAAGAAUUAAUUGAAUAUUCAUAUCAGUCAGAGUCAUGCCUUACCUCUGUAAUGAAAUGUUCUUCCGCUGCAUUUAUAUUUGACUUAUAUGCCAUAAAUGGCCCUUAAUUGGUUUAAUAAAUAUUAUAUUCUA